AUGCAGGAGGCUUCAGAUGGCAGAAGCUUCCUGGAGAAGUGGAUCUACUUGAACAAAGGAGACGUCCUGACGCGCUUCCCUCCCGAACCGAACGGCUAUUUGCACAUCGGCCACGCGAAGUCCAUCACCAUCAACUUUGGCCUGGCACAGAAAUACGGCGGGGGCUGCAACCUGCGAUUUGACGACACAAACCCUGACACGGAAGAGACGGAGUAUGUGGAGUCGAUUCAAGAAGAUGUUUGCUGGGUGUGUCAGGGCCUUGAUAUGGACAAGUGCAGGGACGGCGGAAAGCCUUGGGUCGGGACGCCCGUGUAUGCCAGUGAUUAUUUCCAGAAGAUGUAUGACUUUGCCAUCGACUUGAUCAAGCAUGGCAAAGCCUACGUGGAUUCGCAGACCCCUGAAGAGGUGCAGAAGAAUCGCGGUGGGGGCCCGAACAAUCUUCCAGGCGUUGACUCACCUUUUCGCGAUCGCAGUGUCGCAGAGAAUCUGCGGCUUUUCGAAGAGAUGCAGGCAGGAAAGCACGCGGAGGGCUCGCUCCUCCUCCGGGCCAAGAUCGACAUGAACCACCCGAACAUGAACAUGCGGGACCCGCCUAUGUACCGGAUCCGAUUCAGCCAUCACCAUAGAACCGGCGAUCGCUGGAAGGUCUAUCCCAUCUACGACUUCGCUCAUGGGAAUGAGGAUGCGAUAGAAGGCGUCACACACUCCAUCUGUACCCUGGAAUUUGAGAAUCAUCGCGCUCUGUACGACUGGUUUCUUGAUAACACAUCCAUCGUCCCAAGCAGACCUUACCAGAAGGAGUUUGCCAGACUGGAAGUGCAGGGUGCCUUCACCUCCAAGCGCAAGCUCUUACGACUCGUCAGAGAUGGGUACGUGACAGGAUGGGAUGAUCCCAGGCUGCUGACCGUUCGCGGGAUACGCAGACGUGGGGUUCGCCCUCAGGGAGUGAAGCGCAUGUGCGAUGCUGUAGGUGUCAGCGACAGAAACAGCGUCACACCCUGGGACCUAGUCGAGGAGUGCUGGCGAGAAGAUAUGGAGCCCAUCAGCAAGCGAAGACUGGCGGUGCUGGACCCGCUGGCAGUGGAGAUCAUGGACUACGACAAGCAGGAGCUGAUUGAGGGCGUCACCGACUUGCCCGACCAGUCGGCGGCAGACGCCAGUUGCACCCGCGCGCUGAGCUUCUCCAAGCACGUCUUCAUCGACCGCUCCGACUACCAGGAGAAUCCGCCUGAAGGAUAUUUCCGACUGGGCAAGAUCGGCAGCGAAGUGAAGCUGAGAUACUCCUAUGUGAUCAAGCUAGAGGAGGUCGAAAAGGAUGCUGCGGGAAAGGUGGUCAAGCUCAAGUGCAGUCACGAUCCUUCCACGCGUGACAUCAUGCCGGAGCGAAAGCCGAAGGUCAUCCAUUGGGUCAAUGCUGGGGAUUGCUUGGAUGCCGAGGUGCGUCUGAUCAACCCCUUGUUCUUGCCCAUCCCGGACCCUUUGCCUGAGGGCAAAGACUGGGUGGAGUACAUGAACCCCGAAGCUUGGGUCCAAUGUUCUGCCAAAGUGGAGAAAUCCCUGGGCCAAUGCGUUUUAGAAGAUCGCUUCCAGUUUGAGCGAUGUGGCUACUUUGCCCCUGACUACGAUUGUUUCGGCACGCCGCCCAAGCUGACCUUCAACCGGGUGGUGCCCUUAAAAGAGUCCGCCGACAAGAAGAAGCUGGAGGGGCGGGGUACUGCCAGCAGAAAGGAUGCUCAGGCUGCCGCUGCGGCUGAAAAGGAGCGCUUGCAAAAGCUUCCGCCCGAGGAGUUUUUUAAGCAAGAGCGAGGUGCAGAGUUUUCGGCGUACGACGAGACAGGCCUGCCCACACACGACAAGGAUGGCAACGCUCUUCCGAAGAGCGCCGUCAAGAAGCUGGCCAAGGAGAAGUCUUAG